CAAAUUGACAGACAGUUGACGUCUGUUGUUUUAUUUGUGAUGGUGUCCUCAGGAAUGUGGAGAAGAUAAAUCAUUAAUUUUUAGAACUACAUAUAUAGGCAUUACCAAUGUGACAAUAUUGCAGAUCGACUGUUAAAAUAAUAUGUGUUAAUUCCAUGAAAUAAUAUUUACAACUCCUUAGGACAUUUAAAUCUCCGAAAUGUAUUUAAUGCAGUGAUAGAAAUUGUCGAAUAUGUGUACUAAAAUUCUAAUAGUUUUAUUUAGUUUUGUGUUCCUAGUCGUAUCUUCUACACAUAUAAAAGGAACUUUCUCAACAGAUGACUUUUUUAAGUUCCUGGUAAAGUUCGGCUUUCAAAAGACUGAUAUUCACUACCAGAAAGAAACAUAUGGCUACAUUUUCGGAAACAUCACCUCAAAUCAACAGUUUAAGUAUCCUAUAACUUUUGCUGUGUUAGAUGGGAAGCAUUUUAUAAAUUAUUACAAGAAUCGAGAUCUAGAAAACAAAGAGCUGGCAUGCCAGGUGAUGUUCCUGCCUUUUNAGGAUUUAAAUAGUUCAGCCUACCAUCCAAAAUGUAAUGCAUAUGGGCAAGACUUAUUCAGAAGAAUACCUUGCCCGAAAGGAGAACUGUGUAUUGACGAAGAUACUCCAUGGAAUGUAAUUAAGAAAAAUCAGUUUACAUAUGUUAUUCAAAAUACUGGCCAACCAAGGUUUUGGUAUGUGUCUAUGGUGGCAUGCUACUUAGAUGAGGUUAACUGCACCUGGCACCAUUACAGUGGAGCACCCACGAAGGACAGCAAAUCUCUCACGAAAGUCCCACAAACUAUCCAAUAUGACUUCUGGCUGGUCAACGGCAGCCCUAACCUGUCCCUGUACAACACAUUGCUCUACCAGUUCUCAUUUGAUCGGCAGAACACAUUGGAGCUUUAUCUGGUGUUCUGGCUAUGCUACGUCAUUUUACUGCCAGUACAAAUUUACGCUGUCAGAACUCAAAAACAUCCUGUAACCAAGUUGUUCACAUUCAGUCUUGUACUGGAAUUUGUAGCCUUAUGCUUCAAUGUUCUCCACACCGUCAAGUUUGCAGUGGACGGAGUAGGAUUCUCCGGUCUAGCAGCAGCUGGGGACAUUUUUGAUAUUAUGAGCAGAACUCUGUUCAUGUUACUUCUCCUAUUACUGGCUAAAGGCUGGGCUGUGACCAGGCUUGAGCUCACUUACAAGCCUUUGGUUUUUGGCGUAUGGCUUGCCUAUGGAAUAGUGCACAUACUUCUCUAUGUUUGGAAUACUACGGAAGUGGACAUAAUCGAAGAAAUAGACGAGUACCAAACAUGGCCCGGCUGGUUGAUCCUGACUCUCCGCGUGGCCAUCAUGACGUGGUUCGUGGUGGAGUUACGCAACACGAUGAUAUACGAGCACAACAUGCCGAAGUUGAACUUCCUCCUGCAUUUCGGCGCGUCCAGUCUGGUCUGGUUCGUGUAUCUACCAGUGAUCGCGCUCAUAGCGCUGCAGAUCAGCCCGCUUUGGAGGUUCAAGUUUAUACUGGGCAUAACAUAUUCUGCCGACUGCCUGGCGUUUUGUGUCAUGGCGCACUUGCUAUGGCCGACUCGCUCGGAGCAGUAUCUGCUGUUAGCGCCAUCUGACUAUACAGCGGGAAUAGAAGAGCUUGACGAAUUCAACGAGUCGCCGCACGUGGUUCACAGCGACACCGUCGCUCUGACGUCCGAAAGCGUCAACGCGGACGACGAAGAGGUAAUAUUCACUCGCGCGCACAAAAACGGCAGCGUCUUCUCAUAGCGCCUCCCAGAAUCGCCCCCGGACGAGGACUGUCCCAAUGACAUUGACAGUGGAGAUGACAUGCGUCAAAACGAAAAUACUACAGCUAAUGUUGGUGGGUAGCACGGUUUUGGUAUACUAAUUUGACGUAUAUGCUUCCCACUGCCAAGGAUUACACACAGCGUACUAAUAAAGAUUACAAGCACCUACGUACCUAGAGAAAAAUUAUAUUAUUAUAGAUUAAUAUGGUCACUCAAUUAAGGCGAAGGGGGUAAACCAUGGUACUAAUAUUAUUAUACCCGUUUUCUUUUAUAACUAAACUUCAAUUUUAAUCAGUGAUCACAAAAACAAAAUAAGGUUCCUUGUAAAUUUUUAUUUGGAUAACCACUUCGCCUCGUCGUUAGUUGGGGUUUCAGAAAUAAUUAUUUUAUAGGUGUACCAAACGAUUGUAAACUUUGGGGACCGACUGGUCCGUUUUAUCGUUGUUUUUAAUAGCACAAAUUAUAAUACCUACUAGCCAAUGUAAAGGUAUGAGUGAAAUACAUAUCCAUUUGUGUUACGUCGCUACUGAUUGAAUAAGCUACUGUUUUAACUAUCCAUCGGCCAUACACAAACUGGCACUAUAAUAUGUCGCGAUACGACCAGAUUCAUAGGAGUUCUAACUUCUUAAUCAAUGUCUAUAAUUUGGACAUCUAGUUAUACAGCUAUAAAAUAAUAAUGAAUGUUUAUUUUUACCUAUUCUGAGAAGCAAAUGGUGUAAUAGAUUUUAUACCCGCCUCGCGUACAUAAAUCAGUAGGUCUAGACAAGUGGCACUAUUUGAUCGAAUCGAAAAUUAUAUCCGUUCACGGAGCGAUGUAACUCCAUACAAAAAAAAACGGCCUUUCGACCGUAUUUCGACAUUACAACUGUCACGUUUUGCCACUUGUCUAGGGGGUUAGCAUUCAACGGCCGAUCUGUAAAUCAAAUACAAGAUUUGCAUUUUACGAGAGGUGGGAUUAGCCCGUCGAAACAGUAGCUAGACUAUUUUGUAAUGAUUGUCCAUACAAGUAUUCCAGGUUAAAUUGCCUUCUAAGUACAUACUGUAAAUUGUUGUACCUAUUAAUGUUAGUAAUAUACAAACAGUGAAUAUUUUACUUCGAUGUUUUAAAAACGUAUGUGGACGAUGUCUUCUGAAUGUUGAAACAUAUAGUACUAAGUUUAGAAAAGAGGUAAUCACACAAAUAAUUAUAUGAAUGUAUGUUGGUAUGUUCCGUUAUUUAGGGGACAUAAUAUUCAAUCAAACGAGAUAAGAACAAAAUGUAAAGUAUGUGCCAACUUUGGAGUAAAUUCAUGUACUUAUCUAUGAGAAAGCUAGAUAGUCAAUAUUUAUUAGUGUUAGACGAUGUAAAAAAGUUAAAAGAAUUUACUAUAAUGUAAGGGAUAUUGUGGUGAAGUACUUGAUUAAUAUUGAUGCACGCCACUUAGUCGUACUUAUUUACAUUACAAUGCCUGCCACGGAUCUUGAGCACUCGGUGGAAGAGUAAAAUAACUUAAAAUAAGUAGUUCACUACUUAAAUAAUUUGAGAACUUAUUUAAUACGUACUCUACCUACGGCACGUGUUUGGGCCUUUAAAUGCUACUUAAUACUACACCUUAAAAUUGAGCGAAGUAAACAUACUUUAGGGUUAAAUCGACCUCUAAAACGUUGCGCGUUGCUACAAGGUUGCGCAAACACCUUUUCCCUCUGUGCGUAGGAUCCGUGGCGGAGAUUGUACAAUGCAUUAUUGGUGUUGCCAGCUAAACUAUUGUAUAGAUAUAAAUAGUGUUCUUAUUGAUGUUUCUUCAUUAUGUGGAAGGCGUUUAGAAAAAGUACCAGAGGAUGUGUGGCGAGCAAAUUAUAGUGAAAUUUUUAAAGGGUAAGAAACCAGCACAAAUACAUUUUUCACUGUCAAGUCAAGCUGUGCAACUCAUGUACUUUUUGCGAUAAGUACCUAGAUUAAAAUUCUAUGAAAGUUAUAUUAUUGGCUUCACUUCAUGUUCUUUGACUACAAUUUAUUUAAAUUUCUUCUAGAUCUGCUUCAAGCACGCUUUAGUUCUUUUUCCGAUACAAAAUUUAGUUAAAUUAUUAAGAAGAAACGAUGGAAUAUUGUAUGUAAAUGGAAAACGUGUAUUACUAAAACACGAGUAGAUAACGCUGAAACAUUCUUAUGAACUAAACACUAUUAUGUAUUACAUUUAUACAAAUACGUAGCGUAAACUUAUAUCGAAUAUUACGAUAAAAUUAUGGACUUGUGUACAGUGAAUUUUUAUUAGUAAGUGGAUAAAAUAUUGAAGUACAAUUAGAUCUCAUGUUUGAUGUGAUCAUCGUUAUACGCGGUUUUGAUACAAGAAUUUGUUAUUUAGAUACAUUGAUACUUAUUUUUUAUCCUGAUAUCCUUUAUUUAUACAGUCUUGAAGUAUCUAUUCAUAAUUAUCUUAACAUACGGAGAUUAUUUUGUAAAUUGAGGUGCGCUAUUAUUAAUUUGCAAUUCUGACUCCUACGUGAGUUUUGGGCGAAAGUUUUGGCUGUUAUUAAACUCAAAUUUUAUAUUUAGACUUGAUUCUUUUAACUAUAUUUAUUACUUGCUUCCGAGACUCUAAUCUCAGCAUAUUGUUGUAAAAUAAAACGGCAGUGAAUACAGAUUUAGAUAUUUAUCUUGAGAUCGAAACUAUUUUUUUAUGUUACCUUAUACAUAUAGAUAUACUUUCAGUCAUCUCAGUGAAUGCAAUGCUAUUAACAUAAUAACAUUUGUAAGUACAUAAGUACAGCUUUAAUGUUUAUUUUGAAUAUUAUUUUGUACCUACAUGCUUCGCGCUUGUCUUUUUACUGAAAAUUAUAUUUUUGUGUUACUACCAACAUUUACCACAAGGUAAAGGUGUGAUGAUGUAAUGUCAAUUAAAUAUUAAAUACGAUAUAAAUCACAAUGUUGAACUACUAAUCAUAUUUUUGUUAUUUUUGCAUAUGAGCGCGGAGCAGUUUUUCGUAAAAUGAUAAUAAGGUCCAAACGCACUAGGUGUUAAGCUUACUUUUAACAGCAACUCUUGCAACGUCAACGGCAAAUCAAUCCUGGCAGCCGAUUUUAUACCUUACUAAAAAUUGCAUUUUAUUAUUUCAAUCGAUUACUUAGUUGCUAAUUUUCUUUUUCUAAUUCGUGUUGAUGUCAUGACUUAACUGGGCGAAUAUUUGUCUACCCGCGUCGGUUAAAUGCGCCUUGGUCUUUGCCGCACCAUGUUACAACGAUGAAUGUAAGUGCAUUUGGACCUUUAAUGAAAUUAUCAAAAGUACUGUAGGCUAAUUCGAUGUUGUGCGGUGUUCAAUUAGUCGGAACCUUUCUACUAAAAUAUUUUAUGGACAUGCUCUUUACAUGAAAUGGACUUUUGAAACAAGCGGGUUAUCGCAAUCUCCAGUGCAGUUCACUAAACACAAUGUUACUUUCACUUAUUAAUUAUAUUUAAAUGUAAGCUUUUAUGUACCUUCGAAAUCAUUGUAAAUAAAUCUUUCGUAUUAUA